AUGUCUUUUGCUGCAUCUGCUCCCGCUGAACCAGUUCAGCAAGCUAAUUUUAACCCUUCUUGGAUUCGCUCCGCAUUUCAUGGUGGAAUAUCGUCAUCACCUCGAGCUUCAGUUAAUGAAGAGGAGGAUCAUACUUUGAGCCACCCCGUUUUUGUCGAAAAUCGGUAUGGGCGAGAAGAUUUAUUAGCGUUAAUGGAAAAGAUCAGCCAACCGCCUAUAGGAUUAAGUAACUGUCCAUUUUUUGUCGCAGAAGGUGCUCUACCAAUUGUUUGUUUCCCAUUAACCGAGGCGGAACAGCGCCAACAACAGAAUAUUAAUUCAUCCAAAGCAAUGUCCCAGUUAUCACAUGCUGAGAGAAAUAGCAUUGCUGCCGGUGCCGCCUAUGCUGGAAGUACUACUCCGAAUAGCUCUCGAGGUGGUGGAGGGGGUGGUGGCUGGACUCCAGUCAAAUCAAGCCGUGGUAGCGCUCAGGCAACAGCUUCUACUGGCCGCGGUGGGCCUCGGCCUUUUGCCAGAGGUGCCAGAGUUGGAGAUUCACCUAGAGAGUCCGAUGAAACGAGGGAAGGAUACUAUAAUGCAAGAUUUGCUGCUCGUGGAGGAAGAGGGGGCGCAACUUUGGCUAGGGGCGGUAGCACAACAGCAAGUGCUAAUUUCAAUUCUAGAGCCCAAGGACUUUAUGAUCCUCGCGAUCCUAAAGAUCGGCCACGCAAUCGUCUUCGUAGCACUAGCGAUGAUACGGAAACAAGUGGAGCUGGCGAUGCUGGAUGGACUACUGUAAAGACUACUUGGAAAGAGAAAGAAAACAAAAACGCUUGGAGCAAGGAUAGUGCCGCCGGCUGGAAUGGAGAAAAUUCUCAAACUCCUUGGAAAAAUGAUAAUGCUAGUAUGCCGGAGUGGAUGGCUGAUGGAGACAAAGAAGAAUCUGCGUUGUCGAGUCGUCCUGGCUCAUUUGACGAACAAGGUGCAUAUCGAGAACAGUCGAAGCCUAUUGAUACCCAACUUAAUAAUAUUACGUCUAAUGAAAGAAAGAUAUCGCCUGAGGUGAAUUCUUGGGUAAGACCUGAGCAAAAAAAAGAGCCUGUAUCUAAUAAUAUUAAUCGUGCAUACCCUCGAACUUCUUCAGAUGAAAUUACACAACAACGAUUAAGGCAGCAAAUGAUGACCGAAACUGCUAGUGGGAUGCCUGUUCUCCAUAACAUGCAUGCUGCUCAUGGUCAUGCUGUGUCAAACCCACACUCUGCUCUGGGAGCCUCUGUUGUUGGUGGUUUGUCGAGUCAUGUUGCGCCUGCUCCUGUAGCUUAUGAAAGCGCUUUGCCUACUACUAGUGUUCUGGUUUCACAACCACCACAGUUCCAAUACAUGGAUCCUUCAGAUAAUGUGCAUGGUCCAUAUCCGAAGCUCCAAAUGGAUGCUUGGUUUGAAAAUGGCUAUUUCAAUGACGACUUGAAAGUCAAGAGAGAUUGUGAUACUUCCUUCCGAACCCUAGGAGAGCUCAAAAAACUGAAUGGUGCUCGAAAACCGUUUGAUUUCAAAGAGGAGACUGUGGUAAAUCCAAAUAUUCAUGGAGCUGCCCAAAUGUAUCCAUUUACAAGCUUAUCUCUUUGGAACGAGCCCUCUACUGUUAAUAUGAUCAAUUAUCCUGCACACACUGCGGAUAUGCGUUUUAUGGGAUCUCAGAGACCGGAAACGAUGAUCGCUAAUUUGCAAGCGCAAGCGGAGGAACAAGAAAAGAUGAUGCGAGAACGUGAAGAAGCCGUAAAAAGAAAAGAGGAGAACAUCAAUAAAGCUUUGGAAGACGAGCGCAUUAGAAGAGAGGCUGAACAACUUGAAUUAACCAAAGCUCUAGAAAAACAGAAAAAAAAAGAAGCUGAAGCAGCUAGACUGAGAGAGGAACUCAGAUUGAUGGAGGAGAAAAUUUCGAGAGAGAAUGAAGAAAAGAGGAGAAUGGAAGAAGAAGCCCGUAGACACGCUUUACAGUUAAAGAAGGAAGAAGAUGCUGAACGAAUCAGAAUGCACCAAGCAAUGCUCAGAUUGGCUGAAGAACAACAAAGAAAAGAGUCAGAAGAACUUGAACAACGAAAGAGAGCAGAGGAGGAGCAAAAACGUCGAAUCAUUGAAGAAAAUCGUCGCCUUGAAGAUAUUGCAUUGGCAGAGCAACUACGAGCUGCUAAAGGUCAAAAGACAGAAUGGAGAAUGGAAGAAGAAGUACGUAGAAAUGCUUCGCAGAUAAAGAAGGAGUCACCUUGGAAGACUGUUACCGCUUCUUCCGAAACGUACAGUAGCGCACCAGAUGAUGGAUGGAUAGUGCAGCAGGCACCUACUAAAAAAGCAGCACCUAAAGUAGCUGCUUGGAUCACACCUUCUUCUGGAAGUAAAACAGAGAAAACUCUUAAGGAAAUUCAAGAAGAAGAGGAACGGCUUAUGAAGUUAGAGUUGGAGGAGAAAGCGAGAAAACGUGAAGAAACUGUCGCCGCUAAUAUUCAAUCAUCUGGAACUUGGUCUAACGUUACCCAAAGAUUAAACUGGAAUCAACCUGCAAAGACUAACUCUUCCAAAGUUGCUUGGGGUGGUGCAGGUGUAGAUGCUCCCAGCUCAUCUCCUUCUAUUAACUGGGAUGGUCCCACUCUCCAAGCAGCUAACAAAGCUGCUCCAGCUCCAGUUAAGAAAGUAGUAGCUCCGAAGCCCGCUCCUGUUAAGCAAGUAUCAGUUUCGAAAAGCUCAGGAAGUAGAAGCGAUGUAAAAGAAAACAGUUUCAAAUCAUGGGUUGUUAAUCGUCUUAAACAACUUAACGACAGUGUGGAUGCUGAGGUUCUUGCUGAUUUCUUGAAGUCUGUUGAGAAUCCCAAUGAGGUAGAAGAUUAUGUCGAAGGUUAUCUGGGUUCUUCGAAGGCAUCGAAGGAGUUUGUAAAAGAGUUCUUACAGAAGAGAUGUGAAAUGCGUAAUAGGAAAACUGACAAAGAUGAUCUCUCCAGUGCUAGUGUUGCACCUGCUACGGUUACUUCUGCUGGGAAAAAGAAAAAGAAGGGAACUCGUCUAGUUGUUGAUGGCUCUUGCCUUGGUUUCCGUCCCGCUGCGGACCCGAACCGUGUAAACCAAGGUACUAUCGAGUUUGUAACGGCCACUCCCUCAGCAACCGCGAGGAGAUAA